AUGGAACCAGAUAAUCAAGAUAAAACCCCAAAUAUGAGUCAACCACACCAGGGAGCAGAAAUUGUUCGCGAUAAGUAUUGUUGGGAAUGUAACCGAUUCAUACCAGAGGUCAUUCGGAAGAAUAAUUGUUGGAAAUGCUUCCGAUCAUUUCACGGAAAGUGUCUGGCAGGAUACGGACAGCUUUCCAGCCGAAUUGAUCCGGCCGAAUGGGAAUGUCCGAUAUGUAUUAAAUUGGAAUCUUCAAAAACUGAUUUUGUCGGAAAGCAAUCGGUUUUGGAUUUACUCAAAUACACAAUGAACGAUAUUUUGAAAAAUUGCGCAUUCCAAGAGCUGCAAACGUACUUGACCAAUUGCGGCAAUAACUGCGACGAUAUUGUCAAUCCAAUCGACUUGAAUCAAAUGAAAAAGAAGACCGAUGAUCGCCUCUACGAUAGUUUGGAAGCAUUUAUCGUUGAUGCCAAAUAUAUUGACCACAAUAUUUACUUAACUGACCGACAAUCAUCAUAUAUGCGAAAGCUUUGUGUCGACAAUUUGGUGCAAUUUUGUGAGGCACAAAUUGAGAACAUCAAAAGUUGUGCCGAAUGUUAUGAAAACAGACACAAAUAUCCGGAAGAAUGGCGCUUUAUGGCAUGCAGCAAGCCGAAUAUCGUGCUAUGGACAAAGAAUUUUGGUGACCGAAAAUACUGGCCGGUUAAACUAAUAUCGAUUGUAAAUGAUAUACAAAUCAAAGUCGUUCGCUUUGAUGGCCACAGUUCGGAUUUCAUCAACAUUUUGCCGAAAAAUUGCUACCUGUUCUCGAAAGAUUCUCCCGCAUAUGGUAAAUACAACUUGGAAAGCGAACUAAAGGAAGCGAAGUCAUACAUAAUAAACGCCGCGAAAAAGUUUGGCACUUUCCAUUUGGCUCCGAAUAGAACUCGAUUUAAAGCAAACCAACUCGUCACAUAUGUGAAGGCAAUGUAUCCGAAUUAUAAUGGGCCAUGCCCAUAUAGUCUAGAGAAAAAUGGUGAAGAAAUGGACAAUGGUGAUGAUAAUCAUGAUGUUUUUAACUCCAUUGAAGACGAUAGUGACGAUACUGAAUAUUCUGAAGAAAAUAGUGGAAGCUUCAGUGAAGACAGCACUGACGACAGUGAAAUUGAUGAUCCAAAUGAAAACGAGAGUGACAAUGGCACAACGACUCCAAAUCGGAAGCGAUGCGUCUCUUCAGAAGACAUUAACGUUCAUAUCAAUACUACAUCUAAUAAUAACAGUCAAGAAUUCAUUGAACACGCCGAAACCGAUAUGGAUACAGGAAUUCCAACAAAGAAACCGCGUAUCUCCUCGGAAAAUGAAAUCAAAAAUGAUACUGUGAUUCAAGACAACCACCAAUGUGACACGAGCAUUGUAAAUGUUUCCGGUUUGGCCGAUUCCACCUCACCAUCUGGUUGCAACUCGUCAGCCACCGUUCAGGAUUUGGUUCAAUCGAUUUCACAAAUCGUGCAAACCGAAGCCAUAAAUUUCGAAAAGACUAAUCAAGUCAAAUUUGAAGCUGUACAAAAUGAACUGACAGUUUCCAAAGAAAAAAAUGCCAAAUACGAAAGAGUGAUCAAGGAUUUAAACGAUAAGCUACAAGUCGUUACAUCGGAACGAGAUCAAAAUGAAGCAAAAGCAUUGCAGGAGAAGCAAAUAUUUGCUAAACUGAAACUAAGAUUCGAAAUCGAACGUCAAAAAGCAAAAGAAGAAUCUGCUAAAAGCCAGGAGAAACUGGAAGAGCUGUCGACGCGAAUUCAAACCAUUAAAAACGAAAAAGCUCUAGAAAACUCGGAA